UUUAAUUGUUAUUAACAAUUAACAAUUCUUUGACAACAAAAAAUGAAGAGAUAGCGGCGUAGGGUAAGAUGCACUCCCACAAAAAUGACGCUGCUGGCACGAGCAGUGGCGGCAGCACAGAGGGCAAGAUACGGUGCAUAUUUCUAAGCGAGUUCCAUGCUACAGCGGGCUGCAAGAUAAGCUGCCAAGUGCCUGACAACUACAUCUCCAAGGAUGUCUUCGAUGCCAUCAACGUGUACAUCAUACCCAAGCAGCACCUGCAGCGCUGCAUCCUCACCGUGAAUGCGAUGGACGUGAAGAUUGUGGGCUACCCCGUGGGCAUACAGGACCAGCAGAAGUACGCGCGCAAUGCCUUUCUGUUCAAUCUGUGCUUCGUCUGCGACUCGCGGGCUCGGUCCGUGCAAUACGAGCCCGUGGUGAAGAAGCUAUCGGAGUACCUUAUCAUGAUGGAGGAGGAGUCGUGCUUUCUGUCUCGCGAGGACGACAAGCGCCGCCUGCAGAACAUCUUCGAGACCGUGCUCAGGGACCUGAACGAGCGCAAGGUGGCCACCAUUGUCGAGGGCGACAAUACAAUUUACCUAAAGAUUGUGAUGCACAAGCCGGACCCGCCGACCGUGAAGGACCACAUGGUGCCUUUGCUGCUGGCCAAUUUGCGCGACACUCCGCUAGAGAACUGGGACCUCACCACGCAGCAGAUAUUGCCGUACAUCAAUGGCAUCAACCAUGUGGCGCGCAUCGCGGCGGAGGCGGAUGUGGAAACGGAUCUGGUCAAGUCGUGCAUACAGAAUCUGGUGUACUACGGUGUGGUGCAGCUGCUGCCCAUCCUCAAGUACAGCAAUGUGUACAUGACGCAGAACCUGAAGCACCUCAUCCAGAGUGCACCGUUGAGCAACGCGUGUCGCAAGUACGUGGCCCUCAAGCCGGACAAAACGCUGCCCAGCGUGCAGCGCAUCUUCCAGUUCUAUGCUUCGAUGACGCACGGCGUGACGCUGCGUGCCAUCUGCCAGCGCCUCUGUCCGCAGCACCACAACAUCGAUGAGCGCAAAAUGGUCAUCUUUGGGCUGCAGCACAAGUUCAUUCGGUGCAUCCACAAGUAUCCGGUGUUCACCGGCUCGGUGCCGUCCGGGCGUCAAAAGAUGUACACCGGCCUCAUCAGCUUCGAUGAGAUCUGCUGCAAGACGGGCCUCUCGCCCUGCACCAUCGAGCGGGACAUCGAGAAGGACACAAAUGUGACUGUGAUUUGGAAGUAAACUUUAAUGCUGAUGCCAAGCAAAACGCAUUCAACACACACAACAGAUUGUUAUGUUUCCAAUUGAUUUUUAUAUGUAUACAUGAAAUAUUUAUUAGUUGCCAUAAAUGCCUCAACAUAAGUCAA